CGAUCUGAGUCGGUAGAAACAGUCAAUAAUAUUCAAGCCAUUACAUCAUUUUCUUCCUUCAACACAGAAGAACGUUUAUUAGCAGAACUUGAAGAGUUGUCAGAUCUACAAACAGGAACAAGAAUAAUUCUCUAUAAUCUUAAAGCAGACAACACAGGAAAGCUUGAGCUGGAUUUUGAGAGUGAUCCAACAGAUAUAUUGAAUCCACAGACUUUAGAAAUUGAUUUGACAUCUGUGUAUCGUCCUGUACAAGAAUCUGUGCCAUUGUACUGUAUAUCUUUAAGAGAAUAUUGCAGUAUUUUAUUUUUAAAACCAAGGAUGAAGAUUGUGUUACGAGGAAAGAAAGUUAAAACCAAGUUAAUCUGUAAAAGUUUAUCUCAAACUGAAACUGACAGAUAUAAACCACAUUGGCUUGAUAAACCAUUGAAAAUAACCUAUGGCUUUACUUGUUCGGAAAGUAGUAAUGAAGAAUAUGGUAUUAUGAUGUACCACAAAAAUAGACUGAUCAAAGCCUUUGAAAAGGUUGGUUACCAGAAACAACCCAAUGACCUUGGUGUCGGUGUAGUUGGAGUUGUAGAGGUCAAUUUUUUACAACCAAUCCACAACAAACAAGAUUUUAACAAAGAUGAGCGUUACAAUACUUUUAUGUCAGCAUUAGCGAUUAAAACUAAUGAAUACUGGAAUGAGAAGAAAUCAGGUUCUAAUUCUGUUUCUACUAAUCUAGGAGCCAAUCCAGAUUGGUUGUGGGCCCAGUGUGAUAAUUGUUUAAAAUGGCGACGUUUACCAGAUGGUAUCAACAGACAGUUACCAGAUAAAUGGUAUUGUUAUAUGAACCCUGAUGCCUCACACAAUCGAUGUGAAAUUAUAGAAGAACCAGAAGAUGAAGAUCUCUCUUUACAACAUGCGUCAUAUCAAAAAACAUUUAAAAAAGAAAUGGAACAACAAAAACGAAAAACAAGAGUUGAAGGACAUCAGAUGUUGAUAAAGAAAGAAAAAGAAUUAAUUGAAAAGGAAGAAAAAUUAAAGCAGAGAGUUAAAACAGUUGAACAGAUAUGUACAGAGGUAACAUCUACACAAAUCCAAGAAAGAAAGAAAACUGAGGGAUUGAGAAGAAUGUUACUAGAUGCUAAGAAAAGAGAAGCUAAUCAAAGGAAAUUAAUUUUAGAAUUACAGAUGAAGAAAUCACAAGUAAACAAAAACCAAAAGGAGCUAUGUAAGGCUGCAGAAAGUUUACGUGUUUCAAACUUUGAAACAACGGCUUUGUUGGAGGAUGCUUCUGAAUUAACUGAUGGACCAACAGUUUCAUCUACAAGUGGUAUGAAAAGGAAAACUAUGGGCAGUGAUAUUACAGUAAGCAAACGUCUUAUUAUCAAAAAAGAAGAUACAGAUGAAGUAGUUGCAGUCAUUCCAGACUCUGAUGAAGUUAUUGACUUGACAGAGGAAGACGAACAGAUAAUAAUACCUGAUCCUAAAUUGGUUCAGAAAAAUCAAUUAAUGGAAGAUAUUAAACCAAACAUCGAAGAACUUGAAGCGCAAGUUGGCACUAGUGAAAAGGAGGUGUCAACAGGUGAAAUAGAAACACAAACAGAUCUAGACUUAGAUGAUAGCAAUACUAAUCCCUCCAAAGACAAAACUUUAACCGAAAAACAGGACAAAGACUUAGACGUGACAAAGAUAGAAUUAGAAGAUACAAAGCUAAAAUUAGAAGAUGCUAACAAAAGAUUAAAAGAUCUACAAAAUAAUGUUCACUCUCUUUUAUCAAUUAUUGUACCAGGUGUAGAUUUAGGGGAACUACGGAGAUUGAGACAAUCGUGACAGAAAUGAUCCGGGUCAAUCAAGAAUCAUCUUGAUCUGUGUUUGGGGUAAACAUUCAAGAUUUAUCGUGAUGUGUGUAUGGUACAUGUAACUGAAAAAGAGUCAUCGUGAUCUGUGUAGUGUAAUCAAACAGGCUUUAUCAUGAUCUGUAUAGUGUAAUCAAACAGGUUUCAUCAUUAUCUGUGCAAGGUAAAUAAUCAAGAUCGAUUGUGAUCUGUGUAUGGUAAACAAAUAAGAUUCAUCGAAAUCUGUGUAUGAUAAAUAAACAAGGUUAUUAGUGGUUUGUAUAUGGUUAACAAAUAAACAAGAUUUGUCGUGGUCUGUGUAUGGUAAACAAAUAAACAAGAUUCUUUGUGAUCGGUGUAUGUAAAACAUACAAGAUUCAUUGUGAUGUGUGGAUGAUAAAGUUCAUUGUGAUUUGUGUCUGAUAAACAAUCAAGGGUCAUCAUGAUUUGUGUCUGAUAAACAA